AUGGCUCGUCUCGCAAUCACCGCACUCCUCGCAACCGGCACGGCCUUGGUGCCGCCCGUCACCAGGAUAGCGCAGCACAAGCUGCGCGCCGUCGACGAGGCGACGGCCCUCCUUGAGCAGGCCGCCGCCUUGCGAGCGGAAGCGGACGCGCUCGCCGCCGAGGCGAUGCCGCCCGCGCCGGCGCCGCCGCCGCCGGCGCCCGUCGCCGUCGCCGAGCCCGUCGUCGAGGCGAAGGAGCUCACGCCGGAGGAGAAGACGCAGCGCGAGAUCGAGAACCGCAAGAAGAUCACGGAAGCGCUCCGGGCGGCCACGAAAGCCCGCAACAAGGAGCAGAUCCAGAUCGCGCUGGCGACGGCCGAGAAGGCCGGCGGUUUUUCGAGGGACAACCUCGACAUCAUCGCAGCCGUCCAGGCCUUCAACGAGCUCAACGAGCUGUCCGACGAGGUGCGGAACAAGCUCGUCGCCGACAUGAGGAAAAGUGAUCCUAUGUCGGCCGAUUACCAAGGGGGCGGCAACCUCUACCUCGGUAUUUUCGGCCUCAUGACCGUGCUCGUCAUCGCGGGGGGCAAAGGUAUCUUCUACUGAUAUGUA